CAUAACAAUCUGUGACAACGACAUUUAUUUGGGAAUUUUGUUUUGUUGGUGUUUUGUUUAUUUAUAUUUAUUUUUUUUUGUAAAAUUAUAUGAGUUUUAAUUUAUCUGGUUUUCCCAGUUUUCCUUAAAAAUAGAUCUACGAUGAGCUCACCUCAGAAACGUAGGGGAAGACCCAAAAAAAAAACCCAACCAGAACCACAAAAACUUCAGGAACAAAAUUUAAAAACAAAAUGUCUUACAAGAAAUGCUAAGUUAAAGCAAUCAUUAGAUGCUGAGAAUAAUAAUAAUAUAACAGAAGAUUUACAAAGUAAAUGCAAAAGACGUAAUGACAAUAACUUCAACAAAAAUAUUGAUGUUGUAGCAAGAAUUAAAAUGGAUUGGGAAUCUGAUAGUGAUGAUAACUGUGACUCACAAACUAUUAAAAAUAAUGUAGAUAAUAAUGAAGGUGACAUACAAUUUACAAUUACACCAUUUGAAGAGGAACCUGAAACGUCAGUUUUAGUUGUUAAGCCUAACUCAAUUUCUUCUUCAAAUGAAGUAAAUCCAGUUAAUCAAACAAUGAAAAAAAAGUAUAAGCCUAAACCAAAAUGUAAGAAAAAGCUUGAAGAAAGAGAAGCAGAAAAUGAUUUUAUGGCUAACAAUGACCUAGCAAAAGAAAAUAACACCUUAAACUUCGGAAGGAAUAAUAUUGCUCCGAAAAUAAUUAACAACACAGAAAGUAAAAAGAUGGAAGAAUUUUUGACCAGUAAGAAAUACAAAAGUCCAUCUACCAUUGUCACCUUGACACAAGCUGAUAUGGUAGAAAAAGUUGUUAGAAAAAUACCAAAAUCCGAGAUACAGCAAAGUAAUCGAAUAAACAUUAAUAAAACUGAGAGUAUGAAGAUGGAAGAACUCUUGAUUAGUAAAUUUAAACGAGAGCAAGAGAAGCAAGGUGCUGACAACAGAUUUGAUGAUUUAAUCAAAGAAGAUAUAUUUACAUUUGAGGAUGUUAAGAACUAUGAUGUCUUUGAGAAAACUACAAAAUCAUUAUAUGAAACAUAUGAAAAAGUCCAAGAUGAGAAUGGUCAAAAUAUUCUGCAAUGCUUGCUGUGUGAAUUUGCUACUGAAACCUUUAAAACUAUGGCACUACAUUAUAAAUUUAAACACAGAGAGACUCCCAUUGAAGAAAUGUAUUUCUGCAAUUAUAAAGGAUGUCACUAUAGAGCUAUACAUAAAGGAAUGUACAUGUGGCACUUAAGGAGACAUUCUUUGGCGGCAGAUAAGCUGGUACAAGCCUUAUUUAUGUGCGAUAAAUGCAGGAUUAAGUUUUCUACAAGAAAAGAAUAUUUAAUUCAUCUUAAACAUGAGCAUAAAGUACCGCAACAACCAGAGAAAAAGCCCAACGACUUUCCUUGUGCGACUUGCAACUAUCGAGCAUCAAAGCUUGUUUAUCUAAAAAGUCAUAUUUACAGUUGUCACGUGCCGUCUAAAUUAAAAACAAGUUAUGAUUGUAACGUUUGUGGGUACAAAACUUAUUGCAAAGGUUACUUGGAAAAACAUGUGAUGUCUCAUCUAAAAGAAAAAAACAAAAACACUGACAAGGUUACCAAACGUCCGAAAAGAAAUAAAGUAAAGUAAAAGCUAGUGUUUGCUAGAAUAUACUACAAGCUGGAUGUGUUAAAUACAGGUACAAAAAUAUGCGUUUUGCAUUUAAGUUUAAGUAAGAAGAUAUAUUUGGUUAAAUGUUGAUUUUAGAUCAGAAAGGAUUUUGACGUUGUUAAAGAAGUAGUACUUAAAAACAAAGUAUUAUAAAACUUGAUUACUAUACAGGAUAGCUUUCCUGUAAAGUUAUUUAUUUUAAUAGAAAAUGGCUCUUAAAAUUAAAGGCUCAACUUUCACGCCAUCCUUUAUUAUGAUGUUAUACAUAUCACUGUAACAUGAGAAUAAGUUUUUUAUUUAUACUUCUAUAAGUCAGCUCCUAAAAGUUUAAUAAAUAUGAAAUGUUAUUGUUAUUGGUCCUAAAAAGUAGGGAAAGGAUGUACAAAAUGAUAUACUUUUUGAAAAAUUAAGAAAAUAUAUUACCAGAAACCGUUUUUUUUUUAUUAUGGAAAUCACGCUAACAAAUAAAUGAACUAUUCUACUCCCAUAAAAGUCAAGCAAGGACAAAAGAAAAAUACAUUUUCUUAUUAGUUCAGAAGUGUAUUUUUUGUCGAUUCAGCGCGUGUCUAUUUUUGCAAGAACAGCAGUGGAAAAAGUGUUUUUUUUGGCAUCUUGUACUGUUUUGUGUAGUAUAAGCAAUUACUCUAAUCAUCGUCAUCCCCGGAAAAAGCUUCUUUUUCUUUUUCUGAUUCCGAUCCUGAAGAACUUUUCUUUUUUUUCUCACUUCAAUGACUUCCUCCGGUUGGUUUUUCUUCUUUGUUUCUUCUAAGUCUGGGGUUAAAUGUAGUAGCCACCCACAUACCCUGACUUUUUCUUGGUUUUCUUUUCACUUCCCCCGAUACAAAACGACUUACUGAAGAUGGGCUUAGGUUAAAUGGAGUGACUGCAAGCAUAUUUUGUCCUCUGCUGUGCUGUAUAUAUGUGUCAGACUCAGAUUGACUUUGAAUAGCUGUGGAAUCGGAAUUAAUAUUUUUAGUGCUGGUUCAGAGUUUUCAUUAAGUUGAAACUUCGUACAUAUAGUCCUGGAAACUGUCCGGAUUGAACUACUCCAAUUUUUUGCAAAUCCAUUGAUAGCAUUUUGCACUGCUGUGGCUUAGCAAUAGCCUUCGUUAAAUAAAUAACCAAUUUGAAAUUGGGUUACAACUCUAUCUGGAUUGUGUUUGAACCACUUACUGAUUUCUUGGUCCUAAUGUCUUCAGAGGUCCAAGUGUAAGAAAGUCAUGUCAUGUCCAAGCGUUGAAUGCCGUGGAUGCAGUGCAAAGCAAAGCAAUGUCAUUCGCUUUUGCGAACAAAAGUGCGUGUAAAUAUUUAUGACUUGAGUGACCCUCGACAAUUAACAAAACUUUUUCAUCUAGACUUGCCUUGGUGUGUUUUUAGAAAUGCCCCAAAUAUUACAGAAAAACUGAGCCUGUCAUCUAUCUAGACUCUUAAGCUAACAACAAUGUUUCUGGAGGAGUAUGAUUUCCUAAUUCUUGCUUAAGGUUUGUUUCUGGCGAAAAUCAGCGCUGGUAGGACAGUUUCUAUUUGAAGACAUCGCACACACUAUUGUCAUAUGAGAUCCUCUUUUUGCGCUUGUUAUAGCGCCAACAUGAUGUUUCCGUGCUGCUGUGGCAAAGACUUUCUGAGGACGUAGCACAAUCCAGACUCACCUGAAUUAUAAAUUCUCAACCCAUGUUUUUGUAUUAAACCACUUUUUGAUUGGUUUUUAAAAAUUCAGCUUGAGUUCUGUUAAAAGCCUGAACCCUCGCGGUGGAUGUGGUGCCGAUCACUUCUGGACGAAAUGUUGUUUUAUGUUUUCCUAGCCUUUUCUCUCCUGGCUUCAGCUCCUUAUUUUUUUUUAACGCAUGCCUAUUUAAUGAAGUUUUCGGCCUUCCCUUUAUAGUUGCAUAGUAUAAGUCUGCCCUACUCAGUCACAUAUUAAAUAAAAAUUAUUUAAAAACAAACUACAAGAGGACUUCCGCAUGACAUUUCACUCCGUCAACACGUGGUUGCACUUUGUCCUCUCCUUUCCUCCCAAACCGGUUUUCAGACCCCUUCUCAACACUAGCCGCUGGAUGCAUUGCGGGAGAAGCGGACUGCCGCGCCCCGACACUGAAUUCCCUUUCAACUCAGUACGCACUGGCAAGAGAGAGAGUUACACUUAGAUUUUUGUUAGAGUUAAAUUCCUAACACCUGAACUAAAAAUAUUGUCUUACCUGGUUAUUUUCUUUUCACGUUAUACGCUUUCAAAAAAAAAGUGUUGGUGUGAAAACAAAAUUUCUACCCAGUGCUACUCACAUAGUUAGUUAUUCAAGGGGAAUUGAAUUAUGAUAUACAAUAUGGAGUAGCAUAAUGGCAUUUAUUAAGGAUUGUACAGGCGCUAUUUAGCAAAUCUUUUUGCCCCAUUAUACCAUUUUGUACACCUUUCCCCUAGAUGAUAGGUAGAGUUUACAAUAUUUACGAUUAAGUGCCUUAAUAUCUGCCUUCCUAUAUACACCUAUAUUGAUAAUAAAUGUAUUUACAAGUC